AUGGUGACAGACACUUUAGGGCGGAGUCUCAGUAUCGUAGCUCCUCCAUCAGUGUCCAGGUCGUCCUCAGUCAGUGUCCAGGUCGUCCUCAGUCAGUGUCCAGGUCGUCCUCAGUCAGUGUCAGUCGUCCUCAGUCAGUGUCAGGUCGUCCUCAGUCAAUGUCAGGUCGUCCUCAGUCGUCAGGUCGUCCUCAGUCCAGUGUCCAGGUCGUCCUCAGUCAGUGUCCAGGUCGUCCUCAGUCAGUGUCCAGGUCGUCCUCAGUCAGUGUCAGGUCGUCCUCAGUCAGUGUCCAGGUCGUCCUCAGUCAGUGUCCAGGUCGUCUCAGUCAGUGUCCAGGUCGUCCUCAGUCAGUGUCAGGAGUCGUCCUCAGUCAGUGUCCAGGUCAUCCUCAGUCAUUGUCCAGGUCGUCCCUGUCAGUGUCCAGGUCGUCCUCAGUCUGUCCCAGUCAGUCCAGGUCGUCCUCAGUCAAUGUCCAGGUCGUCCCAGUCCAGGUCGUCCCCAGUCAGUCCAGGUCGUCCCCGUCAAUGUCCAGGUCGUCCCCAGUCCCAGGUCGUCCCCAGUCAGUGUCCAGGUCGUCCUCAGUCAGUCCAGGUCGUCCCAGUCAGUCCAGGUCGUCCCAGUCAGUGUCCAGGUCGUCCCCAGUUCCAAUGUCCAGGUCGUCUCAGUCAGUGUCCAGGUCGUCCUCAGUCAGUGUCCAGGUCGUCCCGUCAGUGUCCAGGUCGUCCUCAGUCAGUCCAGGUCGUCCUCAGUCUGUUCCAGGUCGUCCUCAGUCUGUGUCCAGGCUCGUCCCCGGUCAGUGUCCAGGUCGUCCUCAGUCAGUCCAGGUCGUCCUCAGUCAGUGUCAGGUCGUCCUCAGUCAGUGUCCAGGUCGUCCUCAGUCAGUGUCCAGGUCGUCCCCAGUGUCCAGGUCGUCCUCAGUCACUGUCCAGGUCGUCUCAGUCAGUGUCCAGGUCGUCCCCUGCAGUCAAGUCUGUCCUCAGCAGUCCAGGUCGUCCUCAGUCAGUGUCCAGGUCUGUCCUCAGUCAGUGUCCAGUCGUCCUCGUCCAGGUCAGUCCCCAGUCAGUCCAGGUCGUCCCCGGUCAGUGUCCAGGUCGUCCUCAGUCAGUCCAGGUCGUCCCAUCAGUGUCCAGGUCAUCCUCAGUCAUUGUCCAGGUCGUCUCAGUCAGUGUCCAGGUCGUCCUCAGUCAAUGUCCAGGCGCUCAGUCGUGUCCAGGUCAUCCUCAGUCAGGUGUCCAGCCUGUCCAGGUCGUCUUCAGUCAGUGUCCAGUCGUCUCUAGUCAGUCCAGGUCGUCUUCAGUCAGUGUCCAGGUUAGUCUUCAGUCAGUGUCCAGGUCGUCCUCAGUCAGUGUCCAGGUCCCUCAGUCAGUGGCCAAUGUCUCUCUAGAUCUGUAA